AUGUUGGAUAAUUCAGAGGGUGGAAAACAGAAGCAAGAACAAGAGAAAGAAUUGAAGGAAGAGCAGAAGAACGAUCACCGUGGCGAUGACAUUUAUCGCUACAACGAUCGUGAAAAUUUGGAGAAGCUCAUUAGCAAGAAGGACGAUCAUCGCGGCGAUGAUACUGGUGGUUGCGGCGAGCGUAAAUCUGAGCAGAAACUUCCUUUGAGUCAUAUGCCGAAAUAUGCGAAAUUUUUGAAGGAGAUCCUCACGCACAAGAGAAAAAUCGAGGAACACAAGAAAGUAGAUUUAACUUGUGAAAUUUAUUUAUCUUCUUUGGUUCCCUUUGAUCAGAUUGGUCCAGACCAGAUAGAGGCAUUAUAUCAAUAUGCCAAAUUUCAGUUUGAAUGUGGGAACUACUCUGGUGCUGCUGACUAUCUUUAUCAGUACAGGGCCUUGUGCACAAACAGUGAAAGGAGGUUGAGUGCACUAUGGGGAAAGUUGGCAGCAGAGAUAUUGAUGCAGAACUGGGAUAUUGCUCUUGAAGAACUUAAUCAGUUGAAAGAAAAAGUUGAUGAUUCAAAGAGUUUUACUUCUCCUUUGAGUCAGAUGCAAAGUAGAAUAUGGUUGAUGCAUUGGAGUCUGUUCAUCUUUUUCAAUCAUGAUAAUGGAAGAACACAGAUCAUUGACUUGUUCAAUCAGGAUAAGUAUCUCAAUGCCAUUCAAACAAAUGCUCCCCAUCUCCUACGCUACUUAGCCACUGCAUUCAUUGUCAAUAAAAGGAGGAGACCUCAAUUCAAAGAUUUUAUUAAGGUUAUACAGCAAGAGCAGUACUCUUACAAAGAUCCCAUUACAGAGUUUUUGGCAUGUGUGUAUGUCAAUUAUGAUUUUGAUGGUGCACAAAAGAAGAUGAGAGAAUGUGAAGAAGUUAUAUUGAAUGAUCCCUUCCUGGGAAAACGAUUGGAAGAAGGCAACUUUUCCACUGUGCCACUGAGAGAUGAGUUCCUUGAAAAUGCUCGGCUGUUCAUCUUUGAGACCUAUUGCCGAAUUCAUCAGCGUAUUGAUAUGGGAGUGCUUGCUGAGAAGUUGAAUCUGAAUUAUGAGGAGGCUGAAAGAUGGAUUGUGAAUCUUAUUCGGAACUCAAAACUUGAUGCCAAGAUUGAUACAAAGACAGGAACUGUUAUAAUGGAGCCUAGCCAUCCCAAUGUGUAUGAGCAAUUGAUAGACCACACCAAGGCACUAUCAGGACGUACCUACAAGCUAGUCAGUCAGCUUAUGGAACAUGCACAAACACAAGCUGCUCGAUAAGUCAGUGCUGACAUUUCUUAGAUUUACUUGUUGCAAGUUUUGAUAUAUCUAGGUUAAAAUUAAAGCUUCCUGGUAAUCAAUCAUUUGCUGUUUUUUCCGGAGUUGGAAUGAAGAAAAAGAAUCCAGUAUUUUUGUAAGAUAA